UUUGUCUUUGUUUAUUAUUUCAUAUAACAUAUAAUAAUUUGUUUUUUUUUUUGAUUUAUAAAAAAUUAAUUUUUUUUUUUUUUUUUAAUUAUAUAAUAUAUUUAACACACAUACCACUAUUUAUUUUUCAUAAUAAAAUAAUUAUUUUUUUUUUUAAAUUAAAAUCACAAUUUUAAUAUGUAGUUUUUUUUUAUUUUUUUAUAGAGUUGAAUAUUUAUUAAUAAUUAUAAAAUAAAAUAUUAACCACUUUAUAUUUAUAACUUCACAACAUAUAUUCAUAUACACAUACAUAUAACCAUACAUAGAUAAACAGAAAUAGCACUUAUAAAAGUGUAAUUAAAUAUUAUGAUAAACCAUAAUAAUAUAGUUUACAAUAGAAUUAAUAAUAAUAAUAAUAAUAAUAAUAACAAUAACGAUAAUAAUAAUAAUAAUAAUAAUUCAAAAAUAAGGCAUCAAAAUAAUAAAAGUAAUAAUAUAAAAAAUGAAGAAUCAGCUACUAGAUCUAUCAAUAAUAGAAAUAAAAUUUAUAGUAUAAAUUGUUAUUAUUAUUUAUAUUGUUUUAUAUUGAUAUUAUCGUUACUGUCGACAGUAAAUAGAAGUGAUGCAUUCGCAGUUAGAAACCAUAUUAUUUUAUUGAGAUUUUAUAUCGAUACCAAUGGAAGUCUUUGGUAUAAUAAUCAAGGCUGGAAAGAAUAUACAGAUUGUUUGUUAUCAGCAGAUCCAAAUGUUAAGGCAUUAAUAAAAACUAUCAAUCCAGCAGAAAACCAAAUACCUCAGUACCUAUGGAACGAGUAUUUCAUAAAUUUAGAUAAAAACCGUACACUAUCAGACCUCAUCAAUUCAAAAUUAAAGGAAAAUGAUAUUUUUGUUUGUCGUCUUUAUGGAUUAAGAUGCGAAGAGGAUAAAACAUUUCCAGAGAAAACCAAUUUAUCAUCAAUAAUCCUACCAAAGAAUAAUUUAACAGGAAUUAUUACACCAUUUUUACCAUAUUUAUUUACAUUAAAAUCUUUAAAUUUAUCAACAAAUAGCUUAAUUGGUAAUUUUCCUGAUGGUUUAUUACAAACUUCAACUUUACUAUCAUUAAACUUAUCACAUAAUUCAAUAUCGGGUGGAUUAUCUUUAGCAGAAUCAAAGAAUAUUAAAGAAAUCGAUCUAAGUCAUAAUAAAAUAACAGGUUAUUUUAAAAAUUAUUGGAGAACACCGAAAUUAGUAUACCUAGACUUAUCAUAUAACAAAUUAUAUGGAACAAUUUUAAAAGAUUUUUUCACGCAACCAGAGCUAAAAUAUUUAAAUUUAAGUUCGAAUAGACUUGUAGGGUUUUUACCAAUUUUAUCUAAAUCAAGGAUAGAGAAUUUAAAUAUAAGUAACAAUAGAUUAUUGGGUAAUACAACAUAUUUAACAUGUUGGAAAUCAGGAUAUUUAAAGGAAUUUGAUGCACAUAAUAAUUUAUUUUGGGGAAAAUUACCAGAUGGGUUGUUGGAUCAUUCACCAUUAACAUAUAUAAAUUUACAAAAGAAUAGUAUAUUAGGACCAUUACCCUCAAUUUUAGAUUGUGUCAAAACUUUGAAAUAUUUUUUACCACCAGAGCUAAACAAGACUAUGUGUAAUCCAAGGCUAAUAUUACCUCCAAAUGCAUCAACAAUUUUAUUAACUCCGUCUGGCCAGCUGUUUAGGAUAACGGGCAUGGAUUUUGGUGUCAAACCUGAGUAUAUAAAUAUAACAUUUGAAAAUGGUAAACCUUGUAAAAAUAUAUCAAUAGUUAAAGCAAACUCAAUUUUGUCUUGUGUAAACCCUCCUGGAAGAGAUAGUAGUUAUUUUAACGUAACAGUUGGAAGUGUGAUCUUAAGACAAGAUAUAGUUUACAAAAGACCAACUAUAUAUUCAUUUUCAAAAAUUAAUAAGAACAUAGGUGGUACAUUAACAAUUAAAGGUGAUCAGCUUCAAAGUUUUCAAAAUAGUGUUAGUGUUCAAAUUGGUUUCAAUACUAUAUGCAAAAAUGCAAAAAUUUUAACCUUAUCAACUGUAACCUGUGAAUUACCAGCCAAUACAAAUAUCUCAAUGCCAGGUCAAGUACGUUUAGACAUUGAUGGUUUAAUUGCAGGUACUGAUAGUGAAACAUUCUUCUAUUACCAAGAGGUUUACAAUCCAGAUAUAGUGAUUUCAAAACCAGCAAAUUAUAAUGAAGUCAUUUACAUAACAAGUUUAAAUAUAAACAAAUUAAAUAUGGAAACUGUAAUGCGGGUCAAAGUCGAUGGGAAAGAUUGCUUAAAGCUUGUUAUUGAUAACUCUUCAACAAUUCACUGUUUACCCCAUGUAGAUACAUGUGGGUUCCAUAAUAAGGUAAUUAUAAUAACUGAACAUGGUGAGCCACAGUAUAGUUUAGGGCUAAACUAUCCAGAUCCAAUUAUUACAAGAGUUACUGGUGGUGUGUUGGAUAGAGGAAGCUUCAUUACCAUCUCUGGUCAAUUCCUAAAGGCGAAAAAAGAAAAUACUUCAAUUUACAUCCAGAAUGACUAUUGCUGUGCUCUUUAUUUUGAAAACAACGGUGAUCUAGUAUGCUACCUAAAGAGAGAUUCAUCAACUAUAGAAUACAACUUACCAAUCAAUUUUACAAUCUCUGACAGAACCAUUGUAAAGGAUAGUAUUUAUACCGAUAUGAACGAUACUUGUAUUGACGAAUGUGUAAAAUAUAAAACUAAAGGAUGCAGACUAGGUGUUUGUGAGUGCUACCCAAAUUUAACAGGCCCAUGUUGCGAUAAAGAUAUUCCCGAUUCUCAUGUGUAUAAAUCCAGUAAAGAACCAGCAUUUAAUUAUAAAUUUGCAGAGCACAUCAGCAAUAUCAGUUUAAAUGUCAACUUUUCUAAACUGGUCGAGGUGGAUUCUAGAAACAGCAUUGUAAAUACAUACUCUCAUUUAAAUUGGAACUUGGUUAGUGUUAAUGAUACCCAUAGUAUCUACCAAGCUAAUGUUUUACCAGAGCAAUAUAACGAAGAUCCAAAAUAUUCAAGCAAAAUUGAAAUUAUGUUAAUAAAUCGUCCGUAUCACCAUGAAGAGUAUUAUGCUGGGGAUAUUAUGCAGGUGCCUAAACACUCUGUUGAAUGGAUAGUAUCUAUGAAUAAAUGGCAUUUCGCAAACCCAAAGAACUCUCUAAAAUUCCAAUUUCAUUUGUAUUCUGUGAACUAUCUAGACUAUAGCCUAUGUUAUCCUUUUCCUGUUAUCAAUGACACUUCAAGAUGGUUUACAAUGGAUGUUGAAGAUGUAUCAUUUUAUUAUAAGCCCUCAAAAAGAGCCAUUAUCGAUAAUUUAGUUGUAAUGAUCAAUUCAAAAAUAGAUCUAGGUCAAGAAAAUAGAACUGCAGAAUUAAUUUACACCUUUAGCUCUUUUGAUUCCCUCAAAUUCCGUUUAGAUUUUUCAACAAUGAUCACCUCAAAAGAAAUUUCACCUAGAGCUAGGGGUUGUAUUAUAGAUAGAUCAAAGCAAUUCCCAGAUUACAGACUCUUUUUGUUUGGUAUAGCUGCAGCCGUUAUUGUAGCUAUGGCAAUAUCGAUUAUCCAUUGUUCAAGAGUUGAGUCAAGACAAAGAAAAAAAUUAAUCAAAUCUUAUAAAAUAAAACAAAAGAAAAUCAGUAUCAAAACUCCAUUACUUCCUUCAAAUCUACAUUUUAGCUUUUUCGAUAUUAAUCAGUCAAUUAGUUUGGAUAAUGCAUAUUCAUAUGGUUCAAAUAAACAUAUUGAUGAAAACAAUAGCAAUUCAAACAGUUAUAAUAAUAAUAAUAAUGAAAACAAUAUAAACAAUUACAAUAAUGAUAAUACAAAAGAAAAUAAUAACAAUAUCAAUGAUGAAAGUCAUUAUAAAAAAAUAAAUUAAAUAAAUAAUAAAAAAAAAUAAAAAAAAAGCUAAAUAAAAUUAAUUCUUAUUUAAUUUAAAGCUUUUUAAUUUUUAUUUAGUUCUUUAAUUAAAUGU